UGCACAUGGUGUGGUCAGCCCAUGCAACUCACAAUGAGAUGCAGGGACUGUUUUCAAGCCCCCCCUCUGUGUGUUUCAUGUCAAGUAACUUCUCAUGUGCACAAUCCAUUUCAUUGGACAGAAGUAUGGCAAGGCAAAUUCUAUGCUUGCCAGUCACUAUGUGACUUGGGCCUCCUCAUUUGUCUAGGGCACAACAGUGUGGCCUGUCCUGCAUCAUUGAGGCCACCCUCCACACUGUUUGUGGUGAUCCAUGCCAAUGGCAUCCACAACAUGUUACUAGGAUUCUGUCAAUGCCCCAGAGGACCAAAUCACUACAUUCAGCUACUUUGUGCAAACCUUUUCCCUGUGACAUUCGACAACCCAAAGAUGGCUUUCAGCUAUACUGUCAUGAAGGAUUUUCAUUUACACAUGCUCUGCUCGAAGAAAUCUGCAUAUGACUACUAUGCAAAACUUGUAAGGCAAACUAGUGACAUUGUCCUGGCCUCCACCAAUGAUCAUUAUCAAGAGCUGCUCCAUGCAAGCCAGAUAUGGAUGGACCUCAAGGCAUCCCAGUGCUGUGGGGAAGCACAUGAUGUCAACAACAAUCUUCCUCCAUUUGCAGCUAGUCGAAUUUGCAGUCCACUAUGUCCAGCAUGCCCACAGCUCAGUAUUAAUAUCUCCAAGGAAGAAUUGGCACAAGCUGACCUGGACAAACUGUGCAUACUAUCUGAAUCCCUCUUUUGGAUGUGA